ACCCAUUUUUUCCUUAUCUGCCGAUUUCCUAUACCUCCUCAUUUAUAACCCAAACCCAUUUUUUUCCUUCUCCAUCUCCCGAUUUCCUCUGUUCCAUGGCCGCAGCGAUCCAUUGCCGCAGCGACAAGAUCAACACCUUCGACCUCCUCAUCUUCCUCAUCUGUUACCACGAUGGUGACCGUCGAAAACACUCCAACUGCGACACAACCUCCGGAAACCCUUGUUCUCCAACUGCGCUCCAGGAAGAAGAAGGUGACUUGGAAAGAGGGGACCGUGGAUAAUGAGUUUAUGAACAAGAAGAGUUCUAAGAAAUGCUGCAUCUUCCACAAACAAAAACCCUUCGACGAAGAUGACAGCGACGACGAUCAUCACCAUAACCACCGCUCUUGUGGUCAUGAUCGCAAGGAUGACUGUGGGCCCAGUACCAGCUCCGGCAACUGAUUGAUUAAUUCGGUGACCUUUUUCGAUUUACCGUCUGCCCUCGUGGGAUCAAUUUGAGAACUAGAAGUUGUCCGAGAUAUGAUUUUGGAUCUUUAUUUUUGCCGUUUCGAUUUACUUUCAUCAGUUUUUCCGCUGUUUGGGUACUUCUAAGUUCUAAUUGCAAUUGCAUGUGCUCAUAGUCUUUUGGUGUGAACUCAAUGGUCCAAUUGCCUAUGGUUUUAUAGGUAUGUUGUUUAUUAAUUAUGCCAGAAGGGGAAUGUUAAUUUCCAUCUCUAUAUCUACAUGUCCUUCAUCUUGAAAAUUCAGGAAUUUUAUUUGGUGACUCACCAACAUCAAGAAGUCAAGGCUGAAGCAACCAUCAAAGAUUGUGUUUUGUGCUUAUUUUCUCGUUGCAUUGUUUUUCUCCUCUCUUCUUAUGUGUUGUAUGAUAAAGCAAAGAGGUAAUUAAAAUCUGAAUGUAUUAAUUUAUUUAAUUCUGCAGAUGAUGCUAGAAAUUUCAAAAUAAACGUGGUAGAUUAUUUGGAGUAAAGUUGAUAGAAAAAGAAAAUAAUUAUCUGGAGUAAAUAGUCUAAAGUUUA